AUGGCCGACCAGCAAGACUCUAUCCAUGCUCAUGGCGUAGCGGAUGAUAAGGGGAUCGGGGAGAGAGAAAAGCAUCAUGAGAUCACUUCGGAAGUUCCAGCGUCCAACGCUGAAACCAGCGAAAAGAAGCCUGGAAUGGAUACAGAGGUUGAGAGAGCAAUCAGCUAUGCCGACGAUGACAAUAACGACGGCUACGAUGUCAGAAAGGAAAAUCGAUUUGGCGAGGUUACGGUAAUUGAUAACGCAAAAGAUCUGGUUACGCACGUUCUUCACGUUGACGAUAAUCCAAACGACUCCCCAUGGACCUUUCGUGCAAUGGCUAUUGGCCUCAUUUUGUGCAUCUUCGCAUCAGUCCUACAGGAAAUCUUCUACUUCAAGCCCCAAGUCAUCUACGUGUCAGUGGUCUUUCUGACAGUGAUCGCCUACAUCUUGGCCACACCAUUUACUUUCAUCCCACGCCCGAGUGGCAAUGGUGUCAUAGCCCGAGUAUGCCGCUUUCUCAAUCCGGCCGAUUUCAAUUCCAAAGAGCACGCAUUCAUGGUGAUUAUGGGCUCUGCUGGCUCAACAUCUGCAGUAGCAACGCAGAUCAUUGCCGCCCAGCGACUUUAUUACGGAUCAAAUCCGAACCAAGGUGCUGCCAUUUUUCUGGUCAUCGCCUCGCAAUUCCUUUCAUACGGUAUCGCGGGUCUGCUUCGUACCGUCCUGGUUCAGCCAGCCAAGAUGCUCUGGCCGAUCAAUAUCCCCGUCAAUACCUUGUUGGAGACGUUACACCGCGACAAAGUUGAGACCAAGCAACGCUUAAGAUACUUCAGCAUCUUCUUUAGCGGUGCCUUUUUCUGGGAGAUCAUUCCACUGUGGAUCGCACCCAUUUUCCAAGGCAUUUCGAUUCCUUGCUUGGCUCAUCAAGAUAGCCUUGUGUUUACCAACCUCUUUGGCGGAGCGCAGAACAACGAAGGCCUUGGUUUCCUCGGACUUUGCUUUGAUUGGAACUACAUUGCUGGACUGAACUCGCCUCUUUGGUAUCCUCUCUAUACACUGGUCAACAGUUUUACGGGAUAUUUGAUCUGCAUCAUGUUAUUCAUGGGCGUUUACUACGGCAACGUGUGGCAGUCAAUGGACUUCCCAUUCUUGUCUCAGCUGCUAUACGACGGAUCGUCCAACUCAACCAACUUUGUCGAGUACAACCUCACGGCUGUUCUCAACAGUGACAACACCAUCAAUAGCACGCUUGUUGCCGAUCAAGGAUUUCCCUCUCUGUCUGGCACAUAUGUGGUUUAUCUAAUCACAACCAAUCUUGGAAUCACUGCUGCCAUCGUUCAUAUGCUGCUCUGGAAUUAUAGCGACAUCAAAGAGGGCUGGGCGUUUUUGCGACCGUCUAAGUUGCGAAAACUCCUCAGCCCUUCAACUUAUAUGUUCUGGCGGAGGAAUAACGCUGAAUACGAAGAAAAUCGGCGGCAGCUGGCAAUCGCCAACGAUGAAGUGGAUCCUCACUACAAGUUGAUGAUGCAGAACGGCUAUGCUGAGGUACCGAACUGGUGGUAUGGAAUCGUUCUUGUGCUAUCAUUUGUCAUCGGCAUAGCGACCCUGUACUCGAUCAAGUCAACCCUGCCUUGGUGGGCUUUUAUUGUGUCCAACAUUUUUGCCGCACUCUUUAUCCUCUUCUUUGGCGCGCAGAUGGGCCUCACGGGAUUCCAGUUCAACCAGCAGCCCGUCAUUCAGAUGCUGGGCGGCUAUCUAUUGCCUGGAAAGCCCCUGGCCAACAUGUACUUCACUGUGUUUGGAUUCAAUGGCAUUCAACAAGGUCAGUGGCUGCUGCGUGAUCUGAAGCUGGCCCAGUUGGCGCAUUUACCGCCCAAAGCAACCUUUACAGCCCAAAUGCUGGGCACAAUCAUCGGGGCCAUCAUGGACUAUGUGAUGAUGGUCAGCAUUGUGGACAACCAGACAGAAACCCUACUGUCUAUUGACGGUACCAACAUUUGGUCUGGCCAAAAUGUACAGGGGUAUAAUACCCUGGCGGUAGCUUGGUCACUUGCCAAGAACAUGUUUUCGGUGGGCAGCCAAUACCAAUGGGUCACCUUGUCGUAUUUGAUCGGAUUUGCAGCGCCUAUUCCAUUCUGGCUGGCUUGGAAACUCACAAAGUUUGAGUUUUUCCGCGAUAUCAAUACCUCCAUCAUCAUUUGGUACUCUGGCGUGCUUUGCGUCGGCGUCAACUCAUCACUCCUCAUGUUCUUCGGCCUUGGAAUAUUUGCCCAGUUCUACCUCCGCCGCUUCCAUCCCGGUCUUUUCAUUAAAUACAACUACCUGAUCUCUGCUGCCCUGGAUGGUGGUACGCAAGUGAUGGUAUUCAUCCUCAGCUUCGCCGUUUUGGGUGCUAGCGGAACACAACACAAUUUCCCCACAUAUGCGCUCAAUAAUGGUGGAACAAACAAUAACAAAAACAUCGACUACUGUAUGUUUAAUGCCGCCGAUGGUGCUUGA